CAUACCACUCUCAUCUCAAUGUCUACCUCCAACCAAGACGUUCGCCACGAUCCCACCCAGGCCCUGUCUUCCUUCUUUGCGGAGAUUUUGGGUCUUCGGGCUGGUGUCAAGAACAUGAAGCUCGACGUCCAGAACGAUGUCGACGACUUCCGCAGCAGGCUCGACUGGGGCCUUGAGCAGUUCAACGCUCAGGAGGGCCACAUCGAGGUCCUAACGGCGCGCCUCUCCGAACAGGCGGCGAUCCAGGAAGCCAUGGAGUAUCAGCUCGCGGUACUCGUCGGCAGCGUUGACGACCACCGACGCAGUGACCGCGCGUUCACCAAGUCACUCGAAGCGUUCAUGACCAAGGAGUUCCGCCGUGUCAGCAAGCUCGAGGAGGGACAGAAGGCGCUCUCUGACAAGGUCACUCUCAUCCAGAAUCAGAUCAACUCUCUUGGGCGCAUUACUGGCACCAAGCUGGAUGCGAUCUUGGCUCUGCUCUCGCGCCUGCGUCCCAACGAGAUGACUGCCGAGGUGGCUGACACUGUCACUGUCCAUGCAAAUGCUGCACACAGCGCGUUCUCCAGGCAGCUUUCCUCUGUCCGGCGCGAACUCACUGAUGUCAAGACCGAGGUGGGCAGCGCGGCUCCUGCUCCCAAGUCCGGCGGCGCCGCUUUAUGCCCAAUUGGCGAGAUCACUGCUGAGCGUCGGGCACGUAUCCUAGCUAACGCCCAGAAGCGUUUCGAAACUAAGCUAGCGGCUGGCCACAACCCUCCUUCCAACUUGAUGGGCAUAGCGGACUUUGUCGAUAGCUGCAUGGGCCGUUCCAAGCCUUCCGCAUUGGCAACGUCCCAGACUGACUCCAACGCUGGUAUUUCGACCUCUGCUCCCGGUUCUUUGUCUUCCACCUCGGCCCCUGCUCCUGUCGCUGUUGUAUCAUCGUCGCCCGCACCUGUUGCAACUGUCUUGUCCCCUGUGGCUGUUGCUCCCAGACCCGUGUGUAAGUCUUCAUGCUCUACGGCCUCUGCCUCGGUUGUCUCUGUCCCGGUUUCAUCGUCUUCGCCUGUGCACGUUGCACCUGUCCCGGCUCCAUCGUCUUCGCCUCUGCCCGUGGUCUCUGUCCCGGCUGCACCAUCAUCAUCUAAGACCUCUGCGCCUGUCCACUUUGCGCCGUUCUCGCCUCCCGUGACCAGUACUCCUCGCUCUACGUCUGGUUCAUCUCGUCUGAGGCACGCUAUUGCUAUUGAGUCUCCAUCGUCAUUGAUCGCGCCUGUCACGGCUCCUGUAGUUGACAGCUCUGUCCCCGUCCUCAAGAAGAGCCCCCUGCGUGUCAUACCCGCUAUCAACGAAGAGUCUCUCGAGUAUUUGGACUAUUCCAUGAUCAAGGAUGCGACCAUGCGCACCUGCCGACCUAUCCCGAGUCUUGCUCCUGCCGUUUCUCAGGACGAUGUAUUUGUCGCUAAGCCUGUGUCUGAACCUGUUGGUGGAUGGCUCACUUCCGAGGAACGCAAACAGAAGCUUCAGGCUCUGUUCAGAAGAGAAGAGGUUGAGGAAAAACCCGAGGCUACCAGUGGUUCUUUGGACGCAAAGAAGAGAGAAGCGGAGCAGCUUCCCGCUCUCGCGCCUGCUCCUACACUCGAGGAUAUCUCGUCGGACGAGUCUACCGAUUUCAAUGUUCCCCCUACGCCCACGCCUGCGAGUGGCGCACGAGCGCUUGCCCGCGCCUCUGCUAGUCUCGACAAGGCGGCCUUUGCAAGUGGAUCUGGUCUGAUCAAACAUGACACAAAGAUGGCGAACCCUUCGAGCAAGCUUCGGCAGUCGUUCAUUCCGACCUCAACAUUGGUCUCAUCCAAGCCCUCGUUCAAGCCCCUCAAGCCGCUGGUUUUCCCUCGUCCCGCUUCCUCUGGCAUACCUAUCCCACCUCGAGUAGCAGCUCUCCGCAAGGCGCCGGCUCCAAAGAUCACUACGAAGCCUGCCAGUGGCAUCCCUCGCAUCAAUCGCUACGUUCUCGCGCUGUUCUUCCUCGAGUACCGCCACCUCUGCGACCUCUUCCGGUGUACCCUGCUCCGCUGCAUCCCGGACCAAGACGAGUUCAAGAUUGCCAUCCGUAGCCACACUCGUGACGCGGCCCAGGUCCAUUCCCGGCAGGACGGCUUCGCACCCUCGCCUGCCAUAGCAUCGUAUCGCGCUGCAUGA